AUGAAGCCGUCCCCAGCGCCCGGGGACGCCCGCCGGCCGGCCUCGGACGUCCGCGUGUUCGCCAGCCGCUGCACGCUGCACGGGCUGGGCCGCGUCUUCAGCCCCGGGGGCCCGCGGCCGCGCCGGGCGCUGUGGGCCGCGGCCCUGCUGCUGUCCCUGGCCGCCUUCCUCUACCAGGUGGCCGGGCGGGUGCGCCACUACCGCGAGUUCCCCCACGAGACGGCCCUGGAGCAGCGCGAGAGCCGCCGGCUCACCUUCCCCGCCGUCACCCUGUGCAACCUCAACCCCCUGCGCCGCUCGCGCCUCACGCCCAACGACCUGCACUGGGCGGGCGCCGCGCUGCUGGGCCUGGCGCCCGCCGAGCACGCCGCCUUCCUGCGCGCCCUGGGGCGGCCCCCCGCGCCCCCCGGCUUCAUGCCCAGCCCCACCUUCGACCUGGCCCAGCUCUACGCCCGCGCCGGCCAUGCCCUCGAGGACAUGCUCCUGGACUGCCGCUACCGGGGCCGGCCGUGCGGGCCCGAGAACUUCACCGUGAUCUUCACGCGGAUGGGGCAGUGCUACACCUUUAACUCCGGUGCCGAUGGGGCGGAGCUGCUGACCACCCCCAAGGGCGGCGCGGGCAACGGGCUGGAGGUCAUGCUGGACGUGCAGCAGGACGAGUACCUGCCGGUGUGGAAGGACGUGGAAGAGACCCCUUUCGAGGCCGGGAUCCGCGUGCACAUCCAUAGCCAGGACGAGCCCCCUGCCAUCGACCAGCUGGGCUUCGGGGCGCCCCCGGGGCACCAGACCUUCGUGUCCUGCCAGCAGCAGCGGCUGAGCUUCCUGCCGCCGCCCUGGGGCGACUGCAGCUCCGUGUUCCUGGACCCCGACUUGGAUCCGGAGCCCGCGGACCCGCCGGGCUCGCGCGCCCCCGGCCUGCCGUACAGCCUGGUGGGGUGCCGCCUGGCCUGCGAGGCCCGCUACGUGGCUCGGAAGUGCGGCUGCCGCAUGGUGCACAUGCCCGGCAGCGCGCCCGUGUGCAGCCCGCAGCAGUACAAGGACUGCGCCAGCCCGGCCCUGGACGCCAUGCUGCGCAAGGACGCCUGCGCCUGCCCCAACCCGUGCGCCGCCACGCGCUACGCCAAGGAGCUCUCCAUGGUGCGCGUGCCCAGCCGCGCCGCCGCGCGCUACCUGGCCCGGAAAUACAACCGCAGCGAGACCUACAUCGCGGAGAAUGUGCUAGUUCUGGACAUCUUCUUUGAGGCCCUGAACUACGAGAUGGUGGAGCAGACCAAAGCCUAUGAGAUGUCGGAGCUGCUCGGUGACAUUGGGGGCCAGAUGGGGCUGUUCAUCGGGGCCAGCCUGCUCACCAUCCUGGAGAUCCUGGACUUCCUCUGUGAGGUGCUCCACGACAGGGUCCUGGGCUAUUUCUGGAACCGAAGGCGCUCCCAAAGGCACGCCAGCACCCAUCUGUGUCAGGAAGGGCUGGACGGCUACCGAGCCCAUGUGCCGCCCCUCAGCCUGAGCCACAGGCCCCCUACUCCUCCCUGCGCGGUCACCAAGACCCUCUCUGCCUCCCAUCGCACCUGCUACCUCGUCACGCGGCUCUAG